CAGCGCAGUGUACAGAGUGGACGCGUUGAGAAAGCUGCGCACUGUGUGAAAGAGGAGUGCAGGGGGCGCGUAUUGGCACACACUCGGCCCAUCGUGUCAUGACUGGAAUAUGUACACUGCUGUCUUCCACUGCAGAGCUAAAGAGCAAGUGUGUGUGUGCAAGCGGGGAUCCGAAACAGAGGAGCGACUGUUGAGUGCAGCAGGACUGCUAGAGAGGGAAUAAUGGUAGGAGUUGCAGGUUUCUGAGUUUCGAAGGGAAGCAGGAACACAAGCAACUUACUUGCUUGGACGGAGAGCAAUGUGGCAAGCAGUGGGGCAGAGAAGCGGAAGUGAUUUAGGGUUAAUAAGAGUGUCAUUUUAACAGAGAGAUACUGAUGAGAGUUGAGAAUCUUGGUGAGGAUCAAGGAGGAUCCGGCCGGGGAGUUUGUGUCAUGCAGCCGAGCAGAGGAAUGGAUGGAGAUGUUUGUCAGGACGCCCAACACAGCCGGCAAACACACAAACGGAGGUCAUCUAAAAACAAGGCACCCCUGCCUCCAGCGGUGGUGCAUGGUUCAUGUGUAUCAUCUCAUGCCCCUGCAGUAACACACACUACCAUGGAGCAGAAGGAGAAUUUACUAGAACAAGAGCUGUUACUGACUGUGGUGCUGCCUGAAGGAGUGGAGAAGACCACAGUGGUUCAUGGCAGUAAACCCAUGAUUGACCUACUCGUGAUGCUGUGUGCAAAGUACCAUCUCAACCCGUCGGGCCACACCAUUGAGCUAGUCUCCACCAAUAAGAACCACAUUAAGUUUAAACCCAAUGCUCUUAUUGGCGCUCUGGAAGCUGAGAAGGUUCUGCUCAAGCCCAAAGGCAUGGAGGACAAGAAUAAGCAGACUGGACCACAAAUGCCAGAGGCUACUGUGCGCCUGGUAAUAAACUAUAAAAGGACCCAGAAGACAAUUUUACGAGUGAACCCAAAGCUUGCUCUGCAGGAGCUGCUGCCUGCUAUCUGUGAGAAAUGUGAAUUUGAUGUCCAGAGCACUGUGCUGCUGCAGAAUGUGCUCUCCCAGGAGCCUCUGGACCCGAGCAACUCUCUCAAUGAUCUCGGCCUCAGGGAGCUCUACGCCAGAGACACACGGGUUAUCAGUCCAACAGACUUCCCUCCAUCACCAACUCAUUCAGAUGUUAUUCAACCUAGCAAGGACAAACUCCAGAAAGAAAAGGAAAAUAAAGGUCUGUUUGGCAUGUUCAGACGAGGAAGUAAGAAGAAAUCUGAUCAGACACCAACUGUCAGUGCGCCAGCAUCCCCAAUCAACAGGAAAUCGAGACCUAUGAGCAUGAGUUCCCUCAGCAUGCAUUCCUCAACAUACGACACCAACACGAUGCCGUCUGACACACAGAAGAAGAGACGGGCCCCUCUGCCUCCACAAAUGAAGCCCUCUGACCUCAGCCAUAUGCACAGCAACUCUCAAACAAGCAGUCAUCCUGAUGGCAACCAGGUCACAUCUUCUCUGAGGCGAAGUUUAUCUACCGAUUCAUCUCUAAAGAGGAGUAAAAGGAAGGCACCACUACCCCCUAUCUUCCCCAGCAACCCCUCUGUGACCCAUGAUGAACAAAUCCAGGAUACAGCUGUAACAGGGUUGCUACCAACUCCUAAAGAGAUCCCAGAAAGUCAGGAGUCUGAAACCACUGUCAUCACUGUAAACUCCAGUCCUGAGAGCUUGAGUCCUCUGCCAGAGCUUCUGGAGGAUGACAUCAGCGUUAACCUCUCUGCAGACGUUUCUCUGGACUCUGGCAGAGCUGAAACUGCCUCACCGCCUCAGGAUUCAGAGAUGGAAAGUGUAGCUUUACCUACAGAAAGCCUACAAAAAGUAUCCUCUGAUCUGACCACAGAUGGCAAAAUAGCUGCAAACUCUGAGGUGAGAAGAAAUCAGCCAGAGGCUGAUUCUGAUGCUCAAUUACAGUCAACAAACAGAGCCAGUGUUGACAAGGGGACUGAAACAGAAUGUUUCACUGCUGAAUGUUCUACAGCAUUGAAGGAAUUGAGCACUGCACCGAUGGAUGCAUCCCAGAGUUCUAUAGACCUACUCAUACACACCCAGCGAGCAGAACCACAGGCUCCUCCAAAGCCCAGUUACGCAGCAGCUGCAGUACAAACAACACCAAACAGUUCCUCCACUGCAACCAGUGAAAGUCAGACACACACUGAAAUUCAAACAGAGACAAAAAACUCAACGGAGGCUACACCUACCCCAGAGUCAACUGUCUGGAUGCCUGUAACCUUAGGGAGCCCCAAAAGGGACAUGGCCACAUCUACAGAAGAGCCCCAAUGUCAAGAAAUUCCCUCUGUUCAAAGUGUUGAUGUGCAGAAAUUCGCACGUACUCACUUCUCUGAAAGCCCCAAAUUCACACAGACUCCCAAUCCUGGAAAACAAAAGUCCCCAAAGACUAAGCCUAAGCCCUCAAAUGAACUGACCCGAGAAUACAUCCCUAAAGUAGGCAUGACCACCUACACUGUUGUGCCUCCAAAGACCUUGGACAAGCUACGAUUCUUCGAAGUGGAGCUGACGCUUGAGUGUCCCAGUGUGCCUGGAGUUAAGGAAGUGAAUGUGGAGCCUUUAAGUCAAAAAGCUACAACACCACCAGCAGCAACAUCUCCCACCAGGUUUGAAUGCAGGCCUGGCAGUGGCAGUGAUCUCUCUCCACCCAUUUCACCAACUAUAGAAUCUCCUACAAACUCCUCCUGUACUUCUCAGUACAAGGAGAAGAAAGUUCCACCUGCAACCAGGCCCAAACCAGCUUCAUUCCGCUUACCACAGAAUAAAAGAACACCUGGAAGUUACGUCAGUUCAGCGUUGGUGCGCAGUAUGAGUUUAAGUGAGGAAAAGGAGCCUUUACGUAGCCCGCAAAGGGAGAGUUUCCAUGGGUUUACGCAGGAGACCUUCCCCCCUCCUCCACCACCCAUACAGUGGGAGGAUGAAAAAAAGAUUACAGAGGUGCAGCACAUUUCUCCACCAAUGUCUCCUCUAAAGCAGGAGGAGAUGGAGAAAUCUAGUCCAGCUUCCUCUCCGAGAGAGACUGAAGUGUUCAGUAGAUCAGGGCAUUCGGUCCUGCCACGCCAAACGAGUUUACCGACUGCUGGCCUGACUCUGGAAAAGCUGCGGAGUUUUGCUGCACCCAAGCCAUACAUCUCAUCCACACCAUCACGCUUUGCCCAGGCUGUCAAUUCUGCAGUCAAGAGAUCACAAUCUCUUACCCAUAAUCCUAUUGGGCUGUGCAGUCACAAGGUCCCUUUGACGAUCACUAAACGUAGCACAAUUAGAGAGGCAGAUGAGUUUGUUGAUUUGCCAACUUCAAGGGAUGUGGACAGUGGUCAUGGACAGAGGAAGAGCAGCAGUAACUCUUGUGGUUCUCCUAUUGAGGACACUGAGGACGUGUGGAAAAGGAGAACACCUGAGCUCUCCACAAAUAGUGGCUCUAACACUCACUGCAUCUGAUUUGCAGUGAUGUUUGGUGUCUCCUGUGAUGUGUCCAGUCCUGAAGACUUUGACUGCACAGGAACAGAGUAUUUAACCACUUUUUUUUAGCUUUAACCUUUAUCCCAAUGUAGUGCCUUAAGGAGCACUUUUUGAGCUCAGUGCCUUUAUAUUUUGUCCUCACCCCAUAAUUCCUCUUUUCCAUCCACUGUGAGGACACACCAGCUCAGCAUACCUAAACCAAGAACAGUACAGGAGGACCACAGCCUUUUUUUUUCUUCGCUUUUUUAUCUUCUGUGUUGGCAAUUUUCUAAUGCUUGAAUGAUUUUUAUCUCCAGGAAGUAACAUCUGUUAAGAAACAAAUGGCUUUUUUGUGCAGCCUGCAUUUAAUAUCUUGUAUGACAACAAACCUUUAGUUGCUUUCAAUAGCUGCUGGGUUACUGGUUAAUUAGUAAUUUGUAGAAAAUAUCACAUUCAGCGAAAUCUAACUGUGGACACAGGGAUCAUGACCAUUUUCUUUUAUUAUAUAAUCAGUUUUAUUAUACAUUCAGAAACUUUGAUUGCGCUAGGCUGUUCUCAGUGUUAAAACUGAUAAAUGCUAACGGGCCUUUAUUGGACUACACUGUAUUGUCGAAAUGUCCAUGCAUUCCCUUUCCUGUACUUUUGCUCCCCUUCUCUGUCUGCAAAAUGCCUUAGAGUGUGUGUAAAAUCUCACUUAGCAAUAGUUAAUAUACAGAAGUUAAUAUACAUAUAGUCUCUGCACUCUAAGUAAACAUGCAAUGCUCUUGAGGGAAAAAGUUCACAGAGUUUAAAACGUUUAUACACAGCAUUUGCCAUUUCUGAAAGCUUGACUACACUUGUUUCGUUUAUUAUAGUCUCAAAUGCCUUAUAUUAAAAGCUGAUAUGUUAUUACUUUAAUUAUGAAUAUGUUCAGGUUUAUGGAAUAUGGGUUGUAUUAUUUGUGUGUGAUUCCCUUUAACUUAUUAGAUGUAGUGUGUAGAGUAUUGUGACUAUCAGUUCAUGUGGAAAAGGUACUCAGAUUUGUCAGACUGGUGUUGCCCUAUAUUUGUGUGCAUGUAUACUGAAUGCACAACUUUAGUGCAGCUAAACAUUACUGGUGAAUAUGACAGCUGUAAAUUACAUGUCAUGAUUUCAAUGAAGUAAGCAGUAUGUAAAGGCAUGUACCUGCACACAUAUAAUAAUGCAUUACACAUAUGGGGGUAACCUGUUUGUGUAACAAACAGGUAUGAGGGCUGCAAAAAGAAAAACUUUUUAACUAGGCUGAGCACAAAGAAAAACACACUGUUCAUUGCUCAUGCUUGUUUCAAAGGCGGUUCUGCUGUAAUAUAUUUUCAAACUGUGCAUUAAAGUGUAAUGCAUAAACCUUU